UGAAUGGUAAUAAAUUAAAUUAAUUUCCCCAAGUUGCAUCUGUUUUGCCUGUGAUGGUAAUUGCUGAGUGAUCCCCCUGUACCUGUGUCAACCCACGAGCCUUUCGUUAUUAUUUUCUUCUCCCCUGCCUGGUUGAGGAGGGGGGUGGUAGAGUGGCUGUGGGGGGUGCCUGGUGUCCAGCCAGGGCCAAACAUCACACUCAUUUUGCAAGCUCUGUGUGGAUUAGGAGCUGGUCUGUGUCCUGAAGGGCUGAGAAAAGCCAGGAAGAGAAAGGAGGAGGAAAGGUGAUGCCAAGGAGAUACUGGCUAGGUUGCCUAGGUGCAGCCUAGAUGUCCUGACUCAGCUCCUUACUCACUGGGCUGUGCCACUUCUGCAGGAUGAAUAAUCUUAUGGAGCAGCACAGUUACGGUGGUGACUCUGCUAUCUGCCCACCUCCACAUAUCAAAGAUCUUAAAAUGUUUAAUUCAGUUUAGCAUGGUUAGUGUUUUCCUAGGAACAGUCUCAGAAGAGCAGGGUUUCAUGGUCCCUCCAGGCUGUCCUUGUCCCCGGUGGCAGCCAGCACCCCAGUGUUGGAGGAUGCCACGAGGACCCGUUGGGCAAUUCUUUCCAUGAUUCACUGGGAGCCUGUACAUACAGCAGUCAACAGGAGGUGGGUCCCUGUUAGCUAUCUUUUUCACCCAACUCAUCCCCUUGUCUCUGAGGGAGGGGGAUAUGGUUAGAGCACAGGUCUCAGGUCUGCUGGGUCCUCUCUGAGAUGCUGCUGGGGCAGUUCUGUGACUUCAAGCUGUUUACUGAUGGUUUUCCACGUGUAAAAUCAAGUUUCUUCCCACCUGGCUCCCAAAGUGCAUCAUCCAGUUAAUGCCCCCUAAGCAUCUGCGAAAUGAAGCACUUUCAGGGGAUUUGGUGCUGUUUCUAUUCACCUGUUUCUGUUGUAUUUUUUGUGGGUGUUAAAAGAGCCGGCAAGAGCCCCAUCAUGUCCAGUCCUUUGAAAAGGGAGAGACCAGGUUCAGGGGGAGAACUACUCAUCAGGUGUGAGAGCUUGUGUGUGAAGCUCGGCUGGGGGGCUUUUGCAUUGCUCAGAAACAGCUGGCAGAGGCCAUGUACCACUCCAGCUGCUUAUGGAAUAUAUAAAGCGCCGUUAGUGCCAGGUAUCACUGCUGCGGUGAGUUGCCAGUGUGCCCACCCGCUGUGCAGUGUGUGGCUGUCUCCAGCCCACUGAUUUCUUACAGACAGGAGGUAGGAAAUGCUUUGGGAGACCAAGCAAGACACGCAGGAGGGGUGCAAGGGGCAGGAAACCAUGUUCUCCCUUGCAAAGAGCAAUGCUGUUCGCUGCAGAUGGUUUUUUCCAUGCUGAGGUAUCAGAAUGUCUUGCAAAGCCAGAAAAGUGCUGUUAGUGGCUUUUGGCAUUUGAGGAGAGAUGGAUACAGAGGCUCAUUCACCGCGGGGUGAUCUGCCAGCAGCGUGUGGCAGCCAGCCUGAGCCUUUAUUCUAGCUUAGGACUCUGGCCAUCUGUACCAGGAACAAUCCUUGAGCUAAAAAUAAUCUCUCGACUUCUGGGAGCCACACAGAGUGGUUGAGGUUUGAGGUUGAUCUUUGGGAUUUUGGCUGGAAACCCCAAAGAUAACGGGCACGGCUUUCACCUGCUGUGGAGCAUGUUUGAACCCAGCCUUUAUGGGCUGUGUGACAGUGUCUCCCACCUCUCCCCCUGGGCCACCCACAGCCCUCAGACCUCCUCUCUGGGCUGUAACAACAAGCAGGUUAUGGCAAUCGCUCUCAGAUGAUGCUCGGACAUUUUAGCAGUAAGGUCAAGGUAUCUUUUCUCAUCUUAAUGUGUUUUUCUUGAUGGAGAGGGUGGGCUUGAGAUGUUUUAGCCAGCUCAAAUGCUUGAUAGUUCCCACACGCUGAGCUUCCUUUUAAACGCCCACGUGCCUUGCUCUGCUUUUUCAUUUGUAUAGCGUCAAUUAAAUGUCAGGGGAAAAUGAGGUUUAUAUGUGCUGGUGAAGUAAGUGCCGUAUGACAUCAAUUAGGGGUCUUGUACCGUGAGUCUUCAGAAUUAAAAUGAAAAUGCAUGAAGGGUGUAGCAAAGGGAGCAGAGAUAGACAGUAAAUGUGUGGGAUUAGGCUUGUGACUGCUGAGUUGUUACAACUGGAGUUUUUUCUACUCUUUUUUUGCACCUUUCCAUCUCAAAGGAAUCCGCGUGCCUUGUCGAUCAUCAUCCAUUUUGCAGGGUGAGCCAACUUGAAGCCUUCUCUGCUUACUGCCCCAGAGAGCGUGUUUUCACUUGUUCUUGUCUUGUUUUUCUUCCUCCAAAACACCCACCAGUUUCCCCCCAGGCAGGAACCACCGUGGCACUUGCUGUGCAUGGGGAGGGUCUGCACAGAGACCUUCAUGGAUGGUUGGGUUAAAUUUGCCCAAAACAGUGCAGAACAGCCCUGUUCUUCUUGGAAGACUGAGGUGCCUGGCUGUCCUUAACCCUGCUAGAGGCCAAACUGCACGGUGGCUGCCUGAAUGUCCUUAUGCAUCCUGGCUGGAUGCGUCUUUGAUCAGUUUUGUGAAAGCCAUUUCAAGUGGGACUCAGUCCACUGGGCACAAGGGGGCUGGAGAUAAGGGUCUUUGGGUGAAGAGGGGGCCGGCUGUGUUUUCAUGCCCCUCUAGUCUUGUCUCGUGGGAAGGGGUCAAUUGCUGGAGAACCAGGUCUCCACAUACCUUCAAAAAUAUUCCUUGCUAAAGCUAAAGGUACAGACAAUCUUUUCGUUGAAAGCCUUGGGGAAAUGCUGAUUUUUGGGGCCAGAAGAUCUUAAGAGCUUGUGUACCCCUUGCAGGUAGCAUCAGCCAUAGAUCUUCAGCUGGAAACUUCUAUGCUUUCUGGUUGGGUUGCUUUCUGAAUGGCAUGCAUCUUGUCGGUAAGUUAGGUGGGAGCAAGACUGUGUCCUGAUCAGGUUUUCCAGUGCUUCAGUUCACCCUCAGCAUAACACGUGUGGAGUCUUUUAACUGUUCCAGGUUUCAAAGGGGAUUUGUGUCAGUCAGUGGCCAGUUGUGAGUACCUAUACUUGCCUGUGCCAAGAACCCGCAGUCCUCUUGGAUCGUCUUGAGUUCCCAUUUGCAGGAUCUUACUGUCCUUGUCCCUAUUCCUUGGCAUUUUCCCCUCAGCAAAAGGAUACCUUAGCUGUCGACCCUCUCGUGACUUUCCAUUGUAUUUAAAUCUCCGGAGGAAGCAGAUAUCCCAGAUUUUAGAUCUUUCCUAAGGUUUCUUUCAUACCUGGCAGGGGAUAGGUUUGCAAUCAGAGCAGCUAAAUCGAAGCUGGGAUUGCAGUCCCGGGUGUGACCCUGGCCCUGUGAGCACGGUGCCAUGGCAGGAGGGCAGGAUUUCGGCCAGGUCUGUGGCUCACAGAUGUCCUUGUUGGCAGCAGCAUAAUAAACACUUAAAUUUGCAAAGUGAAAACGAUUUAUCCUGCCAGUAACUUACCCUGAGCUUUUUAAGUCUUACUUUCUGGGCUGUAUUUAUUUAUUUCAUUCUAUGAAAAACAUGUUUGUGCUCAAAUGAAAUGCAAGUAUCCCUUUAUCCCUGCUGCGUAAUUUACUUUAAUUUGCCUUCCUGUGGAGAGAGGAAUUCGCCUCCCUGAUUCUGUUUUAUUUUAUUUUUUUUCCAACAGAAAAUUGUCUUUUUGACUGGAGAGAUCAAAUAUAUUGGGAUUAGCUUGAGGGAAACAGCCCAGCUUAGACUAGAUGUUCUCAUGAAUGUGAGAAUGUCUAUGAAAAGCUAAUUGCUAUUUUGUGUAAUGAUGGCAUCCAGGCAGAGCCAGAGCUGUUGGCUGCAGGGCUGUUCCUGACAUCCUCACACUGGUGAAUGUCGCUGUUUUAUCUGUGGGAAACCAUCCUCUCACUGGGCAGCAGGAGCUGUGGUCUGUCUUUAGCCUCCUUCCCAGGCUGGGAGUAUUCAGGAAAUAGUUUUUCCUAUUUUUAUGUGAGUCAAGAAUAAAAAAUACUUUUUUUUUUAGGGUUUAUAUUUUUAGGGAUAGGCAAACUAGUACUGGUAAGCAAAUCCAUUGUGAUUUUGCUUAACCUAGUACAUUUUCCUAAUACUACAAGGUUUGCCAGUGUCUGUUAGAACAAGCCAGGACAGAAGAAAGUCCAUUUCUGUUGACCGAGAUAAAUGCUGAGUAACUCUACUACUAAGGUGUUUUGUUCACCUGGCUUAGGCAAAUGGUUUUGUUUAAUGUCACCGUUGUUAUCUGGAUUUACUUUGCAUUUUCACCGGGGAGCCGAGGAGCACCCAUCCCUCCAGCUGCCGCUGCUGCUGCCGGAGCCAGGCGCAGGCAGGGCAGGUGGAGAGGGCUGAGGGAGCCUUGCACACGCCUGCAGGAGAAACCCACUCAACUUGUGAGAUGUAAACCACCUGGGGACUGAAAUGAUGUGCUGAUUUAUUGAUGAGAUGUAGACAACUGGCCAUCAGUGAAGCAUCAGCACCAUUAUCAGCAGCACAACAGGUAAACCCCAGUGCUAGAUGCUUACAAAAUAUUGAAAGCACCUACAGAUUUCUAAACUUCUGUACCUGAUCUCCCCCCAAGACCAAAUCCUGCACGCAGGCACGGGUGCGCAGUCAGCAUACACCCCCUGCUCCACUGGGAAGGUGGCUUCCAUGGUUUGCAGACCCCAGUGCUGGUGGCACCCUGCUGCCCUGGCAUAGAUACUUCAUUUACAGAGUGAUCCCACUCACAGAAUGUUUUUGCACGGAGCUUAGCAAGCAGCAGAUAAGCUUUUCCAUGCUGCUCCCCAGGGCAAGGCUGCAGCCAUCAGGCACUGGGCUUCCUGGUCCAGGGAGGCCCCUGGGGCUGGUCCAACCUCCCACUUAUGGGCAGAGGAGGCUGGGGAGAAGCUCUCUGAUGAUGGGAAGAAAAGUCCUGGAAACAGUGGCAGGAGAGGCAGGUUGGCUGUUCAGCAGGUGAGGGGAGGAAGGGUCUAGUCUUCCCUUUUUUCAGGAAAAUCUGCUGUCUGGAAGAGGGGUUUGAAGCCUGGGGUUUGCGUCCUCAUAGCGGAGCCUGGGCAGAUGCUCGGGGCUCUGUCCAGCUGUGCACAGGUCUGGGAAGAGUCAAUCUGCCGGCUGGGUGGCCAUGGGUGCUGCAUUGCUGAGCAAAGGGAAUAGAUGAACAUUGCUGAGCAAAGGGAAUAGAUGCACAUUGCUGCAUUGCUGAGCGGAGGGAAUAGAUGCACAUUACUGCAUUGCUGAGCGGAGGGAAUAGAUGCACAUUGCUGCAUUGCUGAGCAGGGGGUGGGAGCUGUGGGUGCUGCAUUGCUGAACAGAGAGAAUAAACCUGCCGCCGCCUGCCUGCUCCUGCCAGCUGCUUCCCCAGGCUGGAGCCAGCUGCAGCGGUGGGGCUGGAGCUGCACGACUGAUUUCGCAGGGUGCAUGCACAGGGCUGGUUACGGCCUCUCUGCCGGCCCUGGCAGCUGCUGGAGCAUCGCUGGGUGCAUGGCAUGGCAGCAAGCGCGGGCAGCCCCAGUGAGCCCUGCUGCGGAGCCUGACCCUUCCCUGCAGCGUGCAGGGGCCUCGCUGUGUCUGCAGGUGAGGAAAGUCCAGAGGAAAGCGGUGCCCCAGGUCUGCUUUUCAAAAUGACUGCUAAUUUCAUGUUUUGGACAUGGCAAGGAGUAGGUUCCCUGCAGUGCUCUCAGUAUCCAAACGUUUCCCGGCUGCCCGUAAGCUGCAUCCUUGGUGCUUCUUGCUGCCCGGGGAGCUGGGAGGUGCGUGUUGGCAGCCGGGCACAGAGGAUGCUCCUUGCUCACUGCGGGCACAGCCCAAAGCCUGGGGACAUGGGCAGUCUCCCCAGAAGGUGGUGGGAGCCAGUGGCUCUGUCUCCCCCCUCCCUGCAGGCAAAGGUGGUCUGGAAGGGGAUGAGCCUCCUCCCAUGCCCAAGCCUGGUCUCCCCACCAUAGGUUGAAUUUGAGCUGGGAGCACCAGGGAGCAGGCAGCUGCCUCCGCGCUUUGCCUGCUCAGACAAAAAGCGCAGCUCUGCAUGCUCUAAACCUUGCUGGUGACAUGAGGAUGUGCCUUGCCCUGCUGCCUGCGGCUGUGGGCUGGCCCCUGAGACCACCCUGCCUGCUCCCCAUCCUUCUCCCACCUUCUCCCCCUCCCUCCCUGCCCCCCUGGCUCCUAGGAAGCCUUCAAAUAAAUCUUGGCAUUUUGAAAGGCUGUUUUCUCCCCCAGCCUAUGUGUCAGCACUAAUCUGGGGACAAACAGCUGCAUUUAUAAGAAGAAAAUAAAGACUCGGCUCCCACUCAGUGGCAUAAUGCGAGGGGCCGUUCCCGGCAUGCUGGGGAUGCUGCAGGGAUUCUUUACUGGACAAAGAAGCAAUUGAUGAACUAGGUCAUGGCGGGAGGAGAUGGUACGUGGGAAAAGCGCUGAACAGAGAGGCCUCUGAAAAGGAAACCAUUCCCUGUGGAAGAGGCAGCCCCAGGCAGCCUGCCUUGCCCAAGGGGACCUGUCACGCCUGUGCCCUGGUCACCCUGCAGGCAGAAGGAGGUGGCUGGGGACCAGGGCACCUGCAGGUGUGCUGCUUUGCAAAGGACAGGCUCCUCUUUUGUUACUGAAGGGUGCUAAAGAGAAGGGAGAAGCUUUCAGAGCCUUCUGGGUGUGUCUUUGGAGACUAGAGCAUCGUUUGGGGUACCCGCCACAGCUCUGCCAGCUGAGUGACUGGCGCUCCAGGGUGAGGUUGUGGCUUGCUGUGUUGCUGUUUCGCUAGCCACACAACAGGAGAGGGCAAACCUGUGUCCCAGGAUCAGGGGCAGGAGUGGGUAAACCCUGAGAGUGCCCCCUCAGUGAUGGGUCUGAUGCUCAGGGAGACCCUUUGCCAUUCCUUCUCCAUGUUUCCUUGGUGGUUUAGGGUCAGCAGGAUCUGUCAGCCCCUGUUAGCAUCCCCUUAUGCCCUGGCCAGUCGUGCAGGAGCUCCUCUGUGUCUUGCUGAUGGAGUGUGAAGCACCACUUGCUUGGCCUGGAGCUGCAGCCCUGCAUGCUGAGCAAUAAAAGCCUUUUGCUGCACCUGUCCACCAGCUUGUGCCAGUGCCUUGCCCUGCUGCGCCUGUGCCCCAAGCCCUGCCACAGCUGGGCCACUUUGUAUGCCAGAGGGUUCCUUGCAGAACCUGGAGGAAUCGUUCCUGUGGGAAGGUAAUGCCUUCGGUGACAGAACCAGAGCAGGGUGGCUUUGGCAGUGCUGAGCGUGAUGGAUGUAGGUCCUGUCCCCUGCUUCUGCAGGAGCCUCUUCCCUUGUGCCAGCGUGUGGUGCCUGGAUGCGGGCAGGAUGGGAGGGGGCCGGCCACGGUGCGUUUCAGAUGGUGCUGGCUGUCAGGAGCAGUGACUGCCCCAAGGCAAAAUGCUCCAGGCAGGUCCCUGCAGCUGCAUCCCAUCCUGGGAUAUUGCUUGGUUACCUGUCCUUGGGUCUGAGCAGGGCUAAAGCUGUGGCCCUGUAACCUCGUUGAUGUGCCCUGCCUGAUCUGAGUGCUCUCCACCGAUCGUGGCCGUGGGCUCCCCUGUUCAUGACAGCCCACUGUCCUGCUGAUGUUUGCCAUGCAAUCAGGUAGGAGCCUGUGUGUCAUGCUGAUUUUGCUUGAUCUGUGCUUGAUCCGUCAUGGUCCAUGACUGGAAUCCUGCAGUCUGUGUGGGACUGCCCUGUGGUGGCAGCUUUGGGGUCUGGCUGCUUUCAGAAGUUUGUGCUGUUGUUCACCUGUGUUGCAGCGUCUCAGCCUGGAGCUCGCCUGCUGCUCGUGUCGGGGAUCCCUGCCCCACAGCUCGGCUCGAAUUCCUGCCCUGCUUAGCCCUGCCACCACAUCCAUCUGUCCCGGUUUGGCAGCUCUUUUUGGAUGUGGGCUGGGCUGUGGGUGGAUGAGGUGACUGGUGCAAAUAUUUCAUGCAUGGCUUAGUGCAGAUUUUGCCUCACCCUGUAGAUGCAAAGUAGCCGUGAAAUAAUCCACGGGGUCAAGGGAUGCUGGUGCAGCUCCUUGUCUGGUGCAAGACCUUGGUCAGAAAUGUAGGGAGGGCAGAGCUUAGCUUUGUUUCAGCUGGCAACAUUGAAGAAUUACCCUUUAUUGACCAUUGUCUCAUCUGGUUACAGUCUGACAAAGCAGCUCGCCAGGGCUCAGCAAUCUGAGCACAUGCCAUGAGUGGAAGGUGCUCAGACAGCUUUGUAGCAUACCAACGGUUAUUUACAGUUAUCCAGGAGCAGACGCCUUACUUGCCUUGCUCAGGGUGUCAGAAGACCGUUUUCCACUGGAUUUGCCUCUCCUGCAUUUUUCUAAGUAACUAGAUGUGGGAGAAGGGAAAGGAUAGCAUGUGGCUUUGGGGGGGUGGGAGCCUGGUGCUGUAAAAGGCAGGAAGGGGAAUGGAAGGAGGGGGGGCUGGCAAGGGAACUGUGAGAAUCAGAGCAGUGGAACACGAGCAAAGGCACUGGGGGCUUGGAGUCAAAUUCAGGAUACACAGACAGGAGGAGGGUUGCUGGGGCAUUUCCUUGUUCUGUGAUUCUUUUGGGCUUGUAAGGAACUGUAGGAACUUAGAAGGAACUUAGAAGGAACCUGCCAAGUGAGCACCCUUUUAAGAUUGUUUCCUGCUAGCACAUCAAGCUAUGACCCGCUGUCUGCAACAGUAGCUAAGACCUGUCUAGAGCUCUGGGCUAAUGGAUGUAACCUUAGGAUGUGGCACAUGACCCGUGCUAAAAGCCUAAUUUAGACACGGUGGCUUUUAACCCAAUAUAAGCCGGCUAAGCAAGACCGAGUCCUCUGGACUUCUCCUGGGCUGCACUAUCGUGUGUUGAAGGUGAUGCAUCCUAUCUACCGGAAACCUUUGGAAAGUAUAACCGCUGCCCCCAUGAUGUGCGAGGCAGGGCUGAUCGCACCGGAGCCCUCCGGCCCCAUGCAGUACUAUGGUGAGUCAUCGGACACCUACUACCACAUGGACCGCUGGCAGAGGCUGCGCACGGCUGUCAGGAAGCUGGAGUUCUGGGAAAACUUCAACGCCGAGCUGAUAGGCAGCGGCUUCUUCUCCAAGGUCUACAAGGUGACCCAGGCUGCUGCUUGUAAAGUGAUGGUGGUGAAGAUCUACAAGAACAACGUGGACCAAGAAGUGAUUGUGCGUGAGAUCAGCCUGCUGCAGAAGCUGUCCCACCCCAACAUCGUCAGGUACCUUGGGAUAUGUGUGAAGGAUGACAAGCUGUACCCCAUUCUGGAGUAUGUGAAUGGGGGUUGCCUGGAAGAGCUCCUGGCCAGCAAAGACAUUGCUUUGACGUGGAAGGAAAAAGUGGACUUAGCUUCUGACAUCACCAGAGGCAUGAUCUACCUGCACUCCAAAAACAUCUACCACCGGGAUCUCAACUCCAAGAACUGCCUCAUUCGAGUGACGCCGCGGGGCCGUGAAGCACUGGUGACAGACUUCGGGCUGGCCAGGGAGGUGGUGGAGCUGCCAGUGAAGGACGUGGAGAGGAAGCUAUCUCUGGUGGGCUCUGCUUUCUGGAUGGCUCCUGAGAUGCUGCGGGGAGAGCCCUAUGACCGGAAGGUGGAUGUGUUUUCCUUUGGCAUUGUUCUGUGUGAAAUCCUGGGCAGGAUCCCAGCUGACCCUGAAGUGCUUCCUAGGACUCAGGAUUACGGCUUGGAUGUUGCUGCCUUCCAAGGGAUGAUUGGCGAAUGCCCCAAGCAGGUGAUAGAUCUUGCUGCCAGCUGCUGUCGGGUGGAAGCAUUUAAGAGGCCAUCUUUCUCCGAAAUCCUGGAUGCGUUGGAGGAUGUGGCAGAGAGCCUGGAGUCUAGGAGGGACAAUCAGCUUUCGGGCUGAGCUGUCUGCCUCCUGUGAAGCUUGGCAGAGAAUCACCUGAACUGUAAAUUAACUGUCUGGGGUGUCAGGAGUGAAGAAGGAAGAUGGGGAAGGGAAGAGCUAAGUGACGUGCUGGUGUUUAUUUAAUCAUAGUCUCAGUUUCUAAUUUCUUGGAUGGAAAACAUGGUUAAAAAUGGCGAAGGGACUUACCAAGGGUAUAUUUUUCCUAGCUAAGAUUUUUAACAGAUGUAAUUAGGACACCAAGCAGCCUUUGUCUGUUUGCUUGUUAAAAGCAAAUGAUCCUGGAGGGACCCAAAUUCCCUUGAGGAUGCUUUCCAAAUCCCCAACAGAAACAUCAUCCUCUCCUGCUUCCCCACACCCAGGGCCUUCCCCUCCUCCAUCCCCAUGGCCUUGGGGAAUCGCCUCUCGGGGGCCUGGGGUCUGUGCAGUGUGAAGGAGAGGGGCUCUGGGGUGCUUGGUGAGCCUUGGUGUCGCCUUAUUUUUAAAGCCUUAAAGCACCCAUCCAGCAGCCUUGCAGGAGCAGGUACCCUCUGCAAGAUCUCUGACUGGGUCUCCUGGCAUCGUGCUCAGGGCACAGCCAGGCACGGAGGCAUCUGGCAGGGGUUUGGAGAGUCAACAGAGCCACCCAUGGGGUGCUGACCUGUGCCAGCCGAGGUGAUGGGGAGGGUGUGCCUUAUCGUGAUACGGACUAACUGACUAAUGUCUCCUCUCAGAAAAGCUUUGUCAGACACAUGUCCCAGCAUCACGGCAGUCUGGGUUUCUCCCUGCUGCCCUCAACUGGGGCUCAAAGAUGGAGGGGUCUGCCUCCCCCUUUCUUGUCCUGCUGCAAACACGGCAACGAGCACAGGGCCAGCAGCUUAUGAGGCCAAAACAGGGAGAGCUGGGUCCAGCAUCACCCAGCAUGUCACCCAUUUCUCUGCCUGGUCCAGCACCCAUCACCUCCUUGACAGGGUGGGACACCCUCAUGGGCCCCAGGGCUCAGGCAGCCAGGAAGGGACUUGGUUUUGAUACUGUGUUUUCUUCUGUGGGCCAGAGGAGGGUGCUGGGGCCGCGGAUCCAAACCAGAGGUGGAAAUAAUAAUGCCUAGAAAUAGUUUGGCGUUUCAAAUUAAGAGGUGAACAGUCGAGUCCCUGCCCCCAGAUCGGCUGAUUGCUGGGCCAUUGGUCUGAAAGACAUGUUCUGCUGGAACCAAAACGUUUGUGGAUGUAAAUAGGUGUAAAGUCUGUAUAGUGGUGGAGCUGUGGCUCUGUUCUUGUAGACUGUAAGCUCUUGGAGCAAGGAUCAUUCAUCUGUCCACCAAAAAGUAUUUCAGUGUUUAGCUCAAUGGGCCUUCAACCUACAGUUUGAAGGAUGUUCUCCCAUAUAUAGUUGUUGACCCACCUGGGGGCCUCAUCUCAAGCUCUUGGAGCUGGAUUUGGUGUCACAUAUAGCCUGGUGUCUCUGUGCCAUGGUACCUGCACAAGGGACUGUCAGUGUGCUGGGACAGAGACUUGGUGGAGAAGCACGGUGCAUUUUCACCAGGGAUUGUAAGGAAUUGGGAGCUGGCAUGAAACGCACUGAAUGGCACCAGGGCCACCAGCUCAGCCACAUCUCCAGGGGACAUCUGCAGCUCCUCAUUCCCCAGAGGUGCCAUUGUGCUUUUGUGGGAUACGGACUUACUUGCGUAAGAAACCUCCUGCUCAACAGUAAACUGCCCAGAAAAUACCUUCAUCCCAGCUGGAUACUGCCAGUGGCAGGGAAGCAAAGCUUCAAGAAGUAGGAGACUGAAAAUAAGGGAAACUCUUCAGCCUGAAGGAGGGAGAAGUGGCCACUUUUUGACUUGCACCAGUUUGGGGACUUAAGAGCAGUGAAGUGAAAUGGACUGCAACAGCAGUGCAAACAGCACCAAUGGGUGCGUGUCAGUGAGAGCCAGCCACCAGCAGCAUCACAGCAAUGCAUUGCACAAGAACCAGAGGGUGUAUAUUUGCCUACCAGGAGAUGGACCUGAGGAGAUAACCACAACCUCCCAGGGCUUCCCAGGCUCCCCUGGCCUUCCACAGAGGAACAGACUUGAGAACGAGGAAUCCAACAGUCUGUCCUAACACCCAAGGCAUUAAGGAUACAAAGUCUUCCAAAGGCCACUCUGGAUGAAGGAUAGCUGUCCACCUCAGCUCAGUUGCUGGCUAGACACGUUGCUUUCGCAAAGCCUUUCCCCAGCCUGCCCCGUGCUGCCUGAUGUGACAAGCUGGAGCCUGUUCUUCCUCUGGCCCUCCUGCACAAGAGCAGACUAAAGGCAGAUCCCUCAACACGCCGACCCCUCAAACAGCCUGUGAUGGGGUGAAGGUGUCUUGUUCUAGGGGCACUUCCCUGCGGAGCUGCUGCCCUGCUGGCCACCUCCUUCCCAGGACCAGCAAGGCUUGGUGCUGGCGGUGCCCUGCUGCAGACUGGGCUGAUUCUUCCUCUAGUUAGACAUCGGGCUCUGGUCCUGCAGAACAGCAACAGUGAGGCUGGGACACUGUAGAAAAGGCGUGUGGAGUUGCACAUACUUUGGUGAUGCUAUGGUAUGAAGGAAGAUCUUUUGGGUUUUUUUAUCUGCUUGGACAGAAGCAGCCUGCUCAAGGGUUAAAUGGGGGGAUAUUUUCUGCACAGAGGAUAGCAUCAACCAGCACAGUCUGAGCUGUGAUGGAGCAGAACUAGGUUCCUUCUGCGCUUGCCAUGUGCCUCAUCCACUCUCACAGCGCGGCCACGUGCUGGAUCUCAGGUGACUGAAGGGUAUUGGGUCCUUGCUGGAAGGACCUUUGGUGCCUGCUGCAGGGGCAGGUGGGACUGAGACUGUAUACAGGCACCAUAUGGAGUAGAAAAGCCCAUGCUGGGAGCGUGCAGAGAACAGUUCCAGGUCUGGGAAUUUGUCUGGUGCAUCUCAUGGACUAAGAGUUUCUCUUCACUGGUGAGAGCUGGAGGGAGAGGUGAGCAUGGGAAACCUGCUGAAAUGCCCUCCAGGUACGAGCCCCUGCGCUGGAGCACAGAGUCUAGUUUCCCCACACCUCUCUGAUGCAAAGUCCAAGUUAGUGGUUGAAUUUCAUGCCUCAGAGUCCUGGCACUGAACUGAAGUCAGUGUGACGGUGAGUGGAGGGUUUGGGCAGCACAGCAGGCUUGCCUCUGCUGGACCUGACCAGCAGCUGCCACUUCUCCUCUCUUCCCUCUGUUGGCCGCUUGCUCCGCAGGUGCUGAUGGCCUGGACCUGGCCAUGCUGCGCCCCACGGGCCAUGGUGUUCCCACAUCCUCCAUUGUGUCUUUGUUUGUUUGGUUUUAUAAAUGCCAUUUGGGAAUAAAGUCUAAUGGUUCUUUUCCA